AUGGAAGGCCUAAUUCCAAUGGUAUUCAAAAGCAUCAAGAAAAAUGGAGUUAGAAGGCAAUACAAAUCUCUCUCUUCUGGUGCAACUGAUAAAACUCACUAUAAUAUUGCAGAUUUUUACACAAAUGAUUAUAGUUCUUACAACAAACAAUAUGAGAAUGGUGGUUUGCAACAACCCGAAAAGAUCUCGGGGUUUCAUGCAGAUGGUGGUGCGGGGCGCCACUACUCUGUUGAUUUCGAUCAUUCUGCAGCCUCGGAGUUGGAGGAUUCUGUUAAGUCCAAGCAACUUGUGAGGUUCAGGAGCCUCGGAAUGUUCUCAUGUGUGACUGGUGCAUGA